AUGGCUGACUUCUUCCCUCCGACUCCGCAGGCCUACAACGUUCUGUUCAGAGGAUUUCAGGCUCUUCUUCCGCAAGCCUCCAGGCAAUGGGCCGCACAUCGUCCAGCAAAGCGCGCCUCAAUCUCCCUGGCCGUUACGCCUGGGCCAUCGCUGAAAGCGUCGGUCCCCUCAAUAUGCUCUUCAUCAUCUACACGCUCCCCUCCCGACUCCAGCCUCCCGCUGCCUCACCCGCCUCUCUCCUUCUUAUACCAUGAACUCCUUGCCCUCCUCUAUCUCCUCCACUACCUCAACCGUGCCAUCACCACCCCCCUCUUCCUCGCUCCGAGCAUGUCCCCCAUCGCAGCUCCAGUCGCCAUCUUGAUGGCAGUCUUUCAAUACGUCAACUCGAGCUGUCUCUCCUGUUGGCUCGUAUACGACGCACAUUCCAAGCUCUCCCAUUCAAACUCAAUCCCUAUCCCCUCCUCCCUCCUCUCCCCACCUUUCACGAACCCACUUCCCCUCCUCGGCGUCGUCCUCUUCACCCUCGGCCUCUACUCCAACAUCGCUUCCGAAACCACCCUCUUCGCUCUCCGCCGCGCCGCCGCCCUCCGCCGCGCGAAAUCCGAAGGAAAACCCCUCCACAACCUGUCCUACCACAAAGUAUACGUGGUGCCCGAGCCGAAGGGGUGGUUCAAGUAUGUGCUGUACCCGCACUAUACGACGGAGUGGCUGGAGUGGACAGGGUAUUGGCUGACAGGUGGUCUGGCCGGGUUGGGUUGGUGGGGUACGCCGGCGAUGUGGUUUGUAGUCAAUGAGGUAGGCACCAUGGCGCCGAGGGCGCUGGAUGGCUGGAGGUGGUAUGAGGGCAAGUUUGGGAAGAGGGCUCUGGCCAGGAGGGCCGCGGUGGUUCCGGGGUUGCUUUAG